GUCGGGACUCGGGGGCUCAGUGACGGGGGGGCGGGGUGUCGAGUCCGAGUCGAGUCUCCCUCCUUCCCCGCUCUGACCGUCUCCCAGGCCUGGCCCGGUUCGGUUCAGUUUAGGCCCCAGCCCGGCUCUGCUCUGCUCGGCCCGGUGAUGAGACGUCGGCCGCCGCUCGCUCCACUCUGCUCGUCCCGCCGCCGCCGCCGCUGUUGUUGUUGUUGUUGUUGUUGCUGCUGCGUCGAGCGCGUCCUGCGGUGAGAGGGCGGAAACAAGAGCAUGUGAACAUGGAAGGGAUUCUGCACAAGUGGACCAAUUACCUGACCGGUUGGCAGCCGCGUUGGUUUGUUUUGGACAGUGGUAUACUUUCAUACUAUGACUCUCAGGACGAUGUUAACAAAGGCAGUAAAGGAAGUAUCAAAAUGUCUGUGUGUGAAAUUAAAGUGCAUCCAGCUGACAACACACGGAUGGAGCUAAUAAUUCCUGGGGAGCAGCACUUCUAUGUGAAAUCAGUAAAUGCUGCUGAAAGGCAGAGGUGGUUGGUAGCACUUGGGAGCUCAAAAGCUUGCUUGACCGAUACCAGGACUAAAAAGGAAAAGGAAAUCAGUGAAACCAAUGAAUCACUGAAAACUAAGAUGUCAGAACUCCGAUUAUAUUGUGAUUUAUUGAUGCAACAAGUUCAUACGAUACAACAAGUUCAUACGAUGCAAGACCAGCCAAAUUUGUCGCCGAAUGCUGAGAAUAUGAACGAAGCUUCUUCUUUGCUCAGUGCCACAUGCAAUACCUUCAUCACAACUCUUGAGGAGUGUAUGAAGAUAGCCAAUGCCAAGUUUAAGCCAGAAAUGUUCCAGCUUUCUCACUCCGAUCCACUUGUUUCUCCUGUGUCGCCUUCACCUGUUCAAAUGGUUCGGAUGAAACGUUCAAUCAGUCAUCCUGGAACCAUUCCUUAUGACAGAAAAAUAGAAACAAAUCAUCAAAAGGAAAAUAUCGAUGUACUAGCACGUGCAGAAGAAAUAACAUCUUUUAGAUCUCACAGGAGAAUAAGGACAUAUUCGGAUACUGAAUCUUAUAGCGACAGUGCUCUUGAGAAUGCAGAAAAGACUGCUCAAAAUAUGCGAAAUUUAUUGUCUAUCGCAAAUGGUGAAUUCACUCCAGUGACCAUUCCAGAAGAAAAUACUACAACCUUAAGGAAAAAGACUUCAGACAUCGAGAUGCCUUUGGUUACACUUUCAAGUUGAAAAACAUUUGGACAGGAUUGAAAAGAUGGUCAUUCGUUCUCCAACUAAUGCUAUGAGGUAACCUCUGGCGUUUAGAUGUUACAGAAAAAGAAAAUGGAUCUGCAAUUUCCUAGGAAAGGCGGCGUUUGCACUUUAUAUAUAAAAAAACUACGCAAAAUCAGUAAACUCAACAAGCUUACCCAAUCUUGUUUCUAUUUUUCAACAAAUUGAUGCUGUAUUUCCUACACCAUCGUGUAAUAAAUCAGUUAAAGUUUA